AUGCGAGCCUCUCAGACCCUCAUUGCCCUCAGUGGCGUUUUCGGCCUCGCCCAAGCUGGCCCCUGCAAACCUCAACCUCCCUCUUCUGUCAUCUCCAGCAGCGUUGUCAUUGAGAGUGCCAGCAGCACUGCAUCUAUUCCUCAGCCUACCACUACUGCUGCUGAGACCAGCACCAUUGAGACUCUCAGCACAGACGAGCCCACCUCGACCGAGAUCAAAGUCCCCACUACUACUGCUGCCGUCGAGACCAGCACCAUUGAGACUCUUAAUACAGACGAGCCCACCUCAACCUCAACCGAGGUCCCUACUACUACGACUGCCGUCGAGACCAGCGCUACAUCCGCCACCACUGACGUCCCCGUCCCUACCCCCUGCGCCAUCGAGCCCGGAUGCCAAGCCGCCGGCUUCAAUGUCGACUACUACAAGAACGUCUUCGAGCGCGGCUACGGAAACGAUGAGAUGUCCGUUCCUCCUUCCUACUACAUCACCGAUGAUCUCACUCCUCUGGACUCCUCGGUCACAAGCGAGACAUACUUCGCUCAAGACUACAUGCAAGACCUUGCCGGCUACGCCCAGAUCUUCCCUGAUGCCGCCUACGCUGGAAAGGCCUGGUACGUCGGCUACCACCGCACUCUCGCCGGCGGAAUCAAGGUUGACGGCAACAACUUCACCCUCGUUUACACCGGUUACUACCAAGCUCCCGAGACUGGAACCUACGAGCUCUGCGUUACUGCUGAUAACGCCAACACUCUUUACUUCGGCCAGGGUAACGCCUUUGAGUGCGGAACUGGCGAGACUGACCCCAACGCUCCUGCUCUUGUCCUCACUGCUACUGGUUAUCACUUCAACAACCCUACUCAGUGUGGCCACGUUGAGCUCAUCGCUGGACGUCACUACCCUGUUCGCAACGUCAUGGGUAACAAGAAUGCUGUUUCUGCGUUUGAGUUCUCCGUUACAACUCCCAGUGGUACCAAGACUCACGACUUUGAGGGCCAGGCUUUCCCUGUUGCUUGUGGAAAGAAGAACUAA